CACUUGUAUUGUCAUUUGUAACGUUCUACUGUGCUAUACGUUCAUACUUUAUAACAUUUUAUAGAGAAAAACGGGACUUUAAUAGACACAGACCAUAAAACGUGAAGAAUUAAAGUAGCAAGUGCAUUCAACACCUACCUCUGUUAUGAACAGUGAAAAGACAAAAGUUACCUCCCAAAUUGUGUCUGUGAUAUUGUGAGUGAUAUUUAGUUUGAAGUUUACCGAAGAGAUACGAAAAUGAAGAACCCUGAUAGAGGAGGUUAUGCAUCAAAAGGUGCCAAAGGUGCCUGACAGUACUAAAUCUCUAAAACCACCCAGCUCGCCAAGCAAACGAAGCAUCGCGGCAAACUUUUUUAAAGCAACCUUCAGCUCGCGAAGCAAAGCGGUCCCUACAACUACAGGAGAAGAAGCCACCAAAAUAGGCAGCGCAGAGACAAAACCUGUUACAAGAAAUCGUCCUAGGACUGCUCCAGCUGAUCAAAAUCUAAAAAGACGUAGUAUCGAUCGCCAAGUUUCCCUCCGAGCUGAGAAGCCUCUAGAACCUGCUAGACCACUCAGAAACAAACCUACUACCCCCGAUCCAGGGGGCUCCAAGAAUGUGGUCGACAAAGUCAAGAACGACAUUGGUACGAACGUUCUGAAAAUCAUCAAAAAGGGGCCAGCACCUUCGAAGACAGACUACAAAUCGGACAGUCUUCUGCCGCCAACUCUGAAACCGAAGGUUCCUGAAAAGGAGAGGGAAAAGGGGGAAAAGUUGAAGCGCGAAAAAUAUGUCAAUAACAACACAGUUUGGACGAAUGCUAACGUUGUCAAAAAUGUAAAGAAGGUCCCGUUUUUGGGGAUUCGAGGACCAAGCCAGGGCAAGCAGGAGUCCACCCUCAAGGGAGCUCCGUCCAUAUCGAGCCUCGACUCCAAGCACCACAAGGUAGCGCCAGCGAGAGAGAAGUCCCUGAAGAUAUUCGGCUCGAAGGAGAAGCUGAAUAAGACGAAGAAGAAGGACUUGGGGAACAACAAUGCGGUGCUAGAGGAUCCGGAGCGAGAGGGCUUGGAGUUCGAGGAUGGGCACGAGUACGGCAGCGCGGAGGAGCUGGGGACGGGUUCCGUAGAGCGGGGCUCGCAGGAGUGCAUCAGUCUGCCCGUGAUGCUGAGCGACCACAUGCCGGGCUUUCAGGAGGUCGAGCUGCGCGCCAGAGUACCGUCGGAGGCCUCCCUGACCUCCGGUCUGCAGGAGCUGGAGUCUCUCCGGCGGCAGCUGGAGGCGAGCAGCAUGGAGCGGGCGCAGCUGCAGGCGAGGGUCGACGAGCUGGCCGAGCGAGCUGGCGAGGCGGACCGCCUGAGGGCCGAGUUAGAUCGGAUCAAGAGUGAGGAAGUAUGCCGGGGCGCGCUGUUAGCACGUCUGGCGGACGAGAACGGCGCGCUGCGGGCGCGGCUGCGCGGCGUGGCGCACUCGCCGCUGUCGGACAGCGAGAAGCGCCAGCUGCUGCUGCCGGCGCCGCGCCGCAUGCACUCCUCCGCGCCCGCCUCCAUCGCGCUCGCGCACAACGGCGAGGGCGACAGCGGCGAGGCGAGCACGCCGGAGUGGGACAAGCACUCGUCCGCCUCCCUCAGCGAGGUGUCCGUGGCCUGCCUGCAGGACCGCAUCCUGCAGAUGGAGGAGCACCAUUACAGCACGAACGAGGAACUCCAAGCGACGCUGGCGGAGUUGGCCGACCUUCAGAGCCAGCUGGCGGACGCGCACGCCGACAACGAGCGGCUGGCUGACGAGAAGCAGGUGCUGCUGGAGUCGCUGUGCCGCCAGACGGAGAAGCUGGAGGACAGCCGGACCAAGGUGGACACCCUCCACGCGUUGCUCCGGGACGGCUCUGAACAGGAGACCCUCGACACUGAGGAGACUGAUCAACAGCUGUAUGCUGUACUUAAGGCUGCUCAAGAAGAGAAACAGAUGUUACUAAGUAAGCAGGAGCAACUAGAGGCCGACCUGAACGAAGCCAAAGCAGCUGUAGAAGAGAAAACCAAAGAAAAUGAAGCGUUGGCUGACAAAAUAAGGUCUCUGGAGCUGACAGUGGAGCGGGCGGAGGAGGGGCGGCGGCGCGCGGAGGGCGAGGCGGGGGCGGCGCGCGAGGUGGCGGCGGCGCGUCAGCAUCAGGUCAACACGCUCUCCGACCUGCUCGACGCCGCCAAGGCGCAGUUGGCGGGCGCAGCUGAAGGCGCUGCGGCGGCGGAGGCGGCUGGCGCGGCGGCAGCGCGGCGUGAGGCGGACGCGGCGGCGGCGCGCGCGCAGCAGCUCGCCGAGCGACUCGCGCACGCGCAGCGGCAGCUCGACCGCGCACACUCGGAUGCGCGGAAAUUACAUGAUGAUGCGCUUGUAUCUCGCAACAAUGCCAAGUCCACAAUAUCGGAGCUGGAGUUUCAACUUGAGGCUUUAAGGCAAGAAAAAGCGGCGCUUGCGGCCGAACUCACCGCACUGCAGGCCAGCGCUGCUGAUUUACAGAUACAGGUGCAGGUGGUCAGCGACGAGAAGCUGGCGCUGAUGAGUCGCGCGGGCGAGGCGCUAGCGCGGACCGCCGAGCUCGAGCGGCAACUGCAGGACGCGCGCGCCAAGACCGCGCAGCUCGCGAGGGACAGGGAGAGAGAUGAGGCGGAAUGGAAACAAUUCCAAAGCGACCUGUUGAUGACCGUACGAGUGGCCAACGACUUCAAGACCGAAGCCCAAAGGGAGCUGGAAAGGCUGGUAUCCGAAAACAAGGCCUCCAGGGACCGCAUCCGGAUGUUGGAAGACCAAAUACACUCGAUCAAAGGUUUUGACAGGUCCGAAUCUAUGGAAAGUUGCCAAAACGAUUGCGAAGGAAGAAACUCGUGUAGUGUAGACAGUGUGGACUCUCCCAGUGAUUCGUCAAAAGAUAUAUUUAAAAAUAUAAGAACUAGAUAUAUAUCCAGAGUACAUAGCACGACUGAUAUAAACAAAGACUCGAGUAUAGUCGAUCAAGCUUUCUUUAAACAAAAUGGUAGUACGGGUCCCAAAGAUAAAACCCAAAGUGAUUAUAAAUAUUCAAUAGAAAACGUAACUUUAGACGAAACAAAUGACGACGACAGUAAACUAUCCGAUACAUCAGAACUGAAUAGAGAUACGUCCUGUGAAAACCUCUCAUCCUUUGAAAAUGAAAGCAAAGAUAUUAAAAGGCAAAAACUCAAAAGACAGAAUGCUUUGGAUGUGGAUCCCAUUGUUGAUAAUGACUUUGUAACAAAAUCAGAAACAGAUCUAGUCCAAGACCCGUGUGAAAUAACGAAGUUUAAAACUAAAUCUUCUGAGCUGUAUAACUGUAAACCUAAAUCGUACAGUACUGAUUGCCUUAAUACUAACACAGAGUUUAAAAAUGCUUUAAAAGAGGCUACUAGUAUAGAGUUCUUAAGUGGUACGUACAAUGCCAGUGAAAAUUCUUUAUUCUCGGAAGGAUCAGAUAGUGUUUUCUCAUCUCUAGCUAGAAGAAAUCAUAAAAGCAUUCUUAAAAGAAGUAAAUGUGUAUCACUGAACGACGAACCAAAGUUUGAAGAUGACGAUUUGCUUUACAAUGAUGAUAAAGAUUAUAAAACAGAUAGAACUGGGCUAAAAAAUGAAUCAACUUUACCUGAUGAACCAAAACGUAAAUUAAGUUAUACAGAAAGAACGCCUUUUACCCACUUGUAUCCUAGUGACAAUAUUGAAACCGACUUGAAAAAAGUAAAUGAGGAAUUAAAAGAAAAUUUUAAAGCUGCUUUAGACAGAAUAACAGGGAAUCAUGAUGAGUUUAUUAACGACGAGCAACAUAAAGUGGAAAACUCAGCGACAGCUGACGAAAAAUUAAAGUCCAAUGAAGAAAAUUUUGAUAAUGAAAAAAUAUUGAAACCCAUUAUGCCAAACGACACAGUCAAAGAGGAAAUUAUUUCAGCAUCUAAAAUUAAUGACAGUCAUAAAAACGAUAGUAAAUUACCAGCUUACGAUGAACAUGACAAAAAUAGUCCUGAAAUUUUAGAUGAUGAAAGUCAUAGUGUUUUAGAAAGUGAUUUGAAACAAAGCUAUGAAUCGACAAAAGAAAACAGUGAAAGUAAAAAUGUGCCAGAUAUAAAAAAUGAUUUAAAUGUGUCAAAUAGCUUAUCUGAUAAUCAGGAGUCGCUCGACGUAAAAUCAGAAGAUAGUGUCAGUUAUCAUCUAAAAAUAAAUACAGUUAUAAGUGAUCUCAUGCCCAAAGAAGUACAUAGUGAUACUAAUGUAGUACAGCCAACUAAUGUUGAGCCUCCUAGCAUUGAGCCAUCUAGCAUUAAAAAUAGAACAUUUAAAGCUAUUUUAGCUCCAGUAAAUAUAGUAAAUUCUAACAUUAACAAAGUACCUUCACCUAUAAUUCUAAGUCCUGUGUUAAUACAGCCAAUAUUUUUCAAACCUAACAACGCAAUACAUCAAGAACGAAAGGAACAACCAAAGGGAACAAUUUACUACGAUGAUAUAGACCAAGUACAAACGAAUGAGACAAUAGAAGAUAAUAAGAACGAGGAUUCUAAUAAAUCCAAAGGUAUUUAUCAAAAGAACAGUAGACUGAAACACAUGGUAGGCGCUCUAUCGUUGAAAAAGAGCUCAUCUAAUGAGAGUUUAAAAAGCUCUAAAUCCACUUCUUCAAAUAAAAGUAGAGCUUCGCCAACAACAAUAAGACCGGUGAGCAAACUACCCAGAAGUCCAGAAUGGCUCGUCGAUAACAAAUAUUACCAACCAAUGGAUAACGUACCGUUUGUUAUAAACACCGCGCAGACUUUUGUUAAACCUAACGAUUACAUUAAAAUGGAAGCGGAACAGGAAAACCUAUACGAGGAAAUAGGAGAACCGAUAACACCCCCAGGUCCCCCAGCUAAUGUGGCAGACGACGACAAAAUAUCAAACCAAACGCCAAAACUGGAUGAACUCUCAAUCGAUCGGGAAGAAAUACUGAAGGUGCCCAGAAAGCCAAAAAGGACAAAGAACCAUGAGCGGAAAUCGAUCAGUUCGCAGGAGAUCGUCAAAGAAAUGGCACCCAUGACGAAAGCAGUGAUAUCGCUGUCAAGAACUCCAAGUGCUAAGAAGAAUGACAGAGAAGACGUUCCACCAGUGCCGGCUCGGAGGUACUCUCUGCAGAGUAAAAAAGCUGAGGAACCCGACACCGGGUCACUGAAACUCCGCAAGACCUAUCACUGGAAGACCUUGGAACACAAACGACUAUCCUACCCCCUUCGGUCGCUAAACGACUCAUCCAGACCUCCGAUGCCGCCUCGACCGGAAGAGCCGUCAGCGCCGACGCUGCUGUGCAGCUCCUCUCUCCAGGACAUCAUGGCCUCCGCCGCCUCGCACAGGCGCAAUAAAGGAGUAAGCAGGCAGGACUCGCGGUUGUCGGUGAAGUCGCUGAUAGAGAGCAUCGAGAACGCGGCGAAGGCGGCCAAGCAGUCGCCCGCCACGACGCCCGUCGCCGAGUGGCCGCAGGUGCAAACACCAACUACCACCACAACCACCAUCAAGAACGGUCUAUCAGAAACUACCACCAACGGCAUGACCACAUCUUUCACCAAACCACCAGCACCGAGGAACACCAGAGCAUCACCAAUAACCACAGAGGCGGCGGGCGACGUGAACAUGCCGGACGAGCAGCGCGCGCUGUCGCUGCAGCAGAAGGCCAUGGAGUCGUUCGUGCGACGGAACAGCUACGGCGAUAUCUGUGAGAGAAAAGAUCCUCUGAACGCGCUGCAAAUCAAAAAUGGCGGCUCCAAACGCAACGCGCUGCUCAAGUGGUGCCAACAGAAGACUGCCGGCUACAACAACAUUGAUAUUACUAACUUCAGCUCGUCGUGGAACGACGGUCUGGCGUUAUGCGCGCUGCUCCGCGAGUACCUGGGCGAGGCGCGCGUGCCGUACGCGGCGCUGAGCGCGCGCGUGCCGCUCGACAAGCGCGCUAACUUCUCCGUCGCCUUCGCCGCAGCCGAGUCCGUGGGAAUACCCACCACGCUUAACAUCCAGGACAUGAUACAGCAGGAGCGACCGGACUGGCAGCAGGUGAUGGCUUAUGUCACCAGCAUAUACAAACACUUCGAGACCUAACACACAUACCACUAGUACCUAUACCUACAUACAGGCUUUGACACUAUACACGUUUGCGGAAAACAUUCCGAUAUGUCAUAUUAUGUCAUGGCAUGAUGGCUGGCAUAAUUUUGUAUUUCAUUUUGUUCUGGUUAUAGAAAGCUAUAUUACAUAAUAUUUAGUAAUAAUACUAAGUAUUUGAUGGCGCCAGUUUGAAAGAUGGUGCAGUUUAAUCUUCAAUAGCAGUAUAACAAACAACAACUCCAAAACAUUGUAUUCUUGAACAAUUCUUAAUAAUUUCUAGUUAUAUUACAAGAUUUAAAUAUUGAUAUGACGUGAAUGGUAACGGCACUGCGAGGGGUGCUAAGAAUCUCCGGGCUACGGAUCGCUACCACCAACUGGACCUGG